AUGUACGGUACAACCUCGCUGGAGGCCUUCUUGGUCCAGCUGAAAUCAUUUUUCAGGAAUGUGUUUCACCAGACGCUGCGCAAUGCAUCGAUCGUGUGCAAAAUUGCCACGGUGAGCAAAAUCUUUGGCGCCUACGCGCGCACUGCAUUCCCUGGCAUGAACAUGCGGGAGCAUGAGGCCUUGCUUUCGUUCUGUCAGAACCUACUUGCCUGCCCCUCCCCCCUCCCUCCACCCCCUUUGUGCGCGCCGCCAAAUAAACGUGAUUUUUUGCAGUUCCGCGCGGUUUUCUCGGAUCCGCGCCGUUGCCCCGGCUUCGCCAGGGGCGCCGCUCCCGGCGCGGACCGUCGAAAGUUUCUGCUUGUGUCGUGGUCUGCUUCCAGAGUUGGAGGAGGCAUAUAA